CCACCAGUGGCAGCAGCAGCACAGCAAUGGCGACGCUUCUCCUCCCCUCCCACGCGGCGAGCCACCACCGCCGCGCCGUCUUCUCCGGCGGCGCGCACCACCACCCGCUUCUCCAGCCGGACCUCCUCGCGGAUGCCCUGCACGCCGCGGCGAGCAGGAGGCGCAGGCCCAUCGCGGUGGCGUGCCGGGCGGCGUCAGCGGCGGCCAGGGCCAAGGCUCCCCCGAGCGCGGGCGCGGGCCCGCCGCCGCAGGCGCUGGCCAAGGAGGCGCACAAGUAUUUCGACCACGCGGUCGUCAGCGUGCGCGCGGGCGACGGCGGCCACGGCGCCGUCCUGAACAUGCCGCCGGGUCCCUCCGCGGACUCGGCCCCCGCCAAGACCCGCGGCGGCGGCAGAGCCGCCGACAAGGGCAAGGCCAAGAAGGGCAGCGGGAAGAAGGUGUCGUUCAAGCGGAACUACGACGGGUCGGUGUCGCUGCCCGUUGGCGGGCACGGCGGCGACGUGGUGCUGUACGCCGACGAGGCGGAGGAGUCGCUGCUGGGGUUCCACGCCAAGGUCCGGCACUGCGCCAAGAGGGGCGGCAACGUGGGGGCCACCGGCACCCUCAGCUCCCGGAUGCACAACGGCUUCGCCGGGGAGACGCUCAGGAUACCCGUGCCUGUAGGCACCGUCGUGAGGCGCAAGAAGGGGUCUGUUCUUGCUGAUUUGGCCCAUCCUGGUGAUGAGGUGCUCGUCGCUAGGGGUGGACAGGGCGGGAUUAGCUUGAUCGAUGCGCCCGAUUACAAAAGAGGGAAAGCCAUGGCUUUAUCGCCUAAUGUCAUGCGUGAUGUUACUGAUAAGAUAUUAACUCAUGGCCAGCCUGGUGAGGAAAUAAGCUUGGAGUUAAUCUUAAGGGUGGUUGCAGAUGUUGGCCUUGUGGGACUUCCAAAUGCUGGAAAAUCAACACUUCUAUCAGCUAUAACACUUGCAAGACCAGACAUUGCUGAUUAUCCAUUCACUACAUUGAUGCCAAAUCUUGGCCGGCUUGGUGGAGAUCCUACUUUAGGGGCUAUGCAGUUUUCCUCUGGAGCAACAUUGGCAGAUUUGCCAGGUCUUAUUGAGGGCGCUCAUCUGGGCAAGGGUCUUGGUCGCAAUUUCUUGAGACAUUUGAGGAGAACGAGGGUAAUUGUCCACGUCGUUGAUGCUGCUGCUGAUGACCCUGUGAACGAUUAUAAGAUUGUCAGAGAUGAAUUAAGGAUGUAUAACCCCAAAUACCUGGAGCGGCCUUAUGUUGUGGUCCUGAACAAGAUUGAUCUUCCUAAGGCCCAAGAUAUGUUAUCUUCAUUAGCACUUGAAAUAUCUUCAGUAGGCUGUGAAGAAUGCCACGACAGCAAUACCAGCAAAGAAAAGCUAAAUGAAAAUUUCAACAGACACCAUAUGUCAGAGGACGAUGAUAAGGAACUUGGGGACUAUCCAAGACCUCAAGCUGUAAUCGGUGCAAGCGUACUGAGGCACAUCGGGAUCGACGAGAUGCUGAAGGAAAUCAGGACAGCCCUGGGAAAAUGCUCCGAUCACAUGUUACCAGGACCAUGAAUCUGAAAGCCUGCACGCUGGAGCCCUUAACAUCAGUCCAACACCUGGAAAGGAUCGAGACGGAUCGACUGGUUCUUCAAAAACAGCGUCAGUCGAGUCUGUCCUUUGCUCAUGACACCGUUGGCAAUUCCUGGAGGACAAAAACUACCAGUCUGAUUGUCCAAAAUCCUGACGCGGAGCGCUUCAGCGUCUUCCACGUUAGCUUGAGCACGAGCAGUUGCAGAUAUCCAGGCUACACCUCCAUCUGUAUUCAGUGCCAGAGAUAGAAAUAAAUCAGUUGUGUGAAAUAUUGAAAAACUAAUGGGGACUCGAAUAUAUUCGUCUGCACGUAUUAGUGAAGAUUUGAGAAUCA